AUGGCGGCUUCCGGGCAGCAGGACAUGCCGCUGGAUCACGAGGACAUGACCCAUGCGGAGAUCGACGUCCUGGUGGCGGCGAGUGUGAGCCAACUGGUGCGGAAUCUCUCACCGUCGGAGACCAGCCAGCGGGAGUUGCGCCGCAAGGAGCAGCUGGUGGCGAAGUUGCUGGAGGAGCACCGCUGGACACGGAGACCCACCAGUAAGGAGGUUCAGAGCAGCCUGGAGGAUCUGCUGGAGCGCUUUCGCUUGGAGGGCAUGGCGCCGUUUUCCCAGAGCGUCGAGGAGUUGGCCAUUAAGUACCUGGAGCUGCAUGAUCCCGCUCCCCAUGUGGGCUGGACCAUGCUGGACUUCCUGCUGGGUUUGUCCCACAAACCGGUGCAGAAUAUCCGGCGCCGUCGCCUGGAGAUGGACCACCAGCGGGUGGCUUUGAUAGCCGGCACCCGGGCGUCUGAGCAGCGUCAACUGGCCGCGCUGGAGGCGUCCGUCCGCCGCCACCGGCCACCCGCCAAUCCCGCCGAGACGGAGAUCGACUGGGUGGCCCUCCUCAGCGAGGACUUCCUGCCGCCACCGUCGCCGCAGGACGACAGUUCGGACAGCCUGAGUGACUGGUCGGAUGAGUCGGACGGCGACUCGACGACCACUUUGCGCCCCGACGAGAACGCCGGCACCUCGCGCAGCAUUCCGGACAUGGCCAGCGUCUACGAGCGGGCGAUGCAAUGGAGCUCCGUUCGCAAGGGGGGCGUGGGCAACACCGGCUAUCUGCCUGCGUCGCUGGGCGACUCCGGGGCCUUUCGCAUCGCCCAGCCACUGAUUCUCAGCCUGCGGAGCAACUGCCAGGUGGGUCGGCUGGCCAGGAGCCGUUUGCCCCAGUUGGCGGCACCCCAGCCGCCUGUUCCGGCCACUAAAUUAAGUCAGAGUCUGCGGAAUACGGAGAUGCUGGAGCGUCGCAUCCACGCCCACUGGUGGCGACCCGAUGUCCAUUUAAAUACCCUUCCCCCGAACUCAACGCCCUUGGGAAACUUUGCUGUUAGUUAUGUGCAGUUCCUGAAUCGCCAGGCGCGUGGAAUGCUGCAAUUGCCGCUGCCCAAGACGGUCACCGAAUCCUGCCUGCUCCGCGAGAUCCUCUUCAUGUUUGUGGCUCCAGCCAGCUGCUGUUUCUUUGAAUUUGAUGAGACAAAGCGACGGAUCAGCGUGCGCAGCAAUGUCAGUGUUUGCAACACGACAGCGCCUAAUUUGAAGGCCUAUCUGGAGCUGAAUGUGGUGCCUGCUUUGGAGGAUAUGCUGGAGCUGCGCCGGAUUAUCGAUGCCCACACGGUGCACUUUAAUGGGAUGCAGACGACUGGGACCUUGGAGUGCUUUGCCUAUGGACUGCGGGAUCUGCUGCGUCCCAUAAGCCAGCUUCUCAUCGCCUACGAGGAUCGGGUGGUUAAAGAGCCGGAGAACACUGGACUCCUCCGAUUUGUUAGUGAAUUCAGUCGGCAUUUUAAACAGCUCCGUUUGCUGCGUCACCUGGGCGAAGAUUGCAUCUUGACGCAGGGAGCUCCUCACCUUCGCAGCGCCUAUUUGCUCUGCCGCCUGUACAGGCACACGAAUCCGCAGGUGCUGCACCAGAAACUGGCCACCGGGCUGCUGUUGGUCUCGCUCAAGCGCUACUGCCACAUCAUCGACGGCUGGUGGCGCAGGGCGAAGCUAGAGGAUCGCCUGAAUGAGUUUAUCGUGGAGAGAUGGGUCGAAGGGAACGCCGAUCGACGUGGCUAUGUGAGGGAGCGUUCUGUGAAUGAAUCUCCAGAGAUCUCCAGGCAACUACAUGCCUGUCCCCUUUACCAACUGCUACUCAAGCAUGCCUUGGAAUCCGGAGAGACGCAGGACCUGCUGGCCAAUGUGAAUCUGCUGGGCGAGAUGCUGGCCACCAGCAACGAAAGCCAACCGCCCUCGCUGUACGAAGAGCUUGAAAGCCAGCUGUUUGCACAGAUAAAGGUUUACUGCGGCGACUGGGAAAAGGAUAAUCAGCAGGAGGAGGAGCAGGUUAACCAGGAGUUGGAAGAGGAUAAAGAGCAGGCGGCCCACGAUGAACUAUUAGUCAGCAAUGUGCAGGGCAUUAGGAAUCUGGAGUUCUUUGCCCUGUUCACGCAGCCAGCGCAGCGGCGCAUCGAAGAGCGCAAAAGGCAGGGGGAGAAUCAGAAAAAGAAGCCUGUAGAAUUGGCAGCGAUAAUCCAGCGCCUGGAGAGCUCAUCCCCCCUUUCGCUGAAGGCCGAGAUGCCGGAGGCGCUGGCGGAGAUUCUACGCAGGCGUCAGUCGCUCGCCAAUGAAUAUGCAAUGCGUGCGUAUCGCGAGGAUUUGCGGCUGGGCGAGAAUGCUCGCUUUCUGCGGCACACAAUGAUGCUGGAGUCGUACUACCUGCUGCUGCCCUUUUACACCUCGCUUUUCGCACGCAUUGAGAAUACGGAGAACUGGGCACGCGACUCCCUGAUGAGCAGCCAACUGUAUGAUGUCCUAUCCCCUCACUAUCCGGAUUUCGCGGACAAUCUGCAUGUGCGUGUGAUCUCCAAGGUUACUUGUAACUCGAGUAAAGUCUACGAAGCUCUGGAGGCCUUGGAACUGGUCUACGAGAUGCCAGUGGCACUGCAGCGCAUCUUGAAUGCGAAGCACAUGCAGGGCUACAAUUCUGUGUGGCGUCUGAUGCUCAAGAUCAAGUGGGCCGUCUGGAAGCUGGAGAGUCUCGGUUUCCUGCGUCGCCAUCGGGAUAAUCCGUACGAACCUUUGGAUCUGAUUGGCUUGACCAUUCGCCGCCUGGAGAUCCUGCGCUUCUGGCUGAUCUACCUGAUCAACAGCCUGCACACGCACAUCAUGCAGGCGGUGGGCCAGCAAUUUGAACUGCGCCUCGAUCGCUGCACGAAUAUCCGGCAGCUGAGAUUGCAGCAUGACGAUUAUAUUGCCUUUUUAAGAACCCACUGUCUGCUGACCGAGGAGUUUAGUGCCUUUCGCACCGCCCUCGAUCAGAUCUUCCAUCUGAUCUUCGUGCUGGACAUGGAAUGGACCAGCUGCGCCUGCUAUCUGGGCGAAAACGAUGCGCUCAGCCUGGACUUUACGCUCUCGGAUGAGGGCGUUGAUGACGGGAAGGCCGAAAGCCGCGGCAUGGAGUAUCUGGCCCUCAACCAGGUGGUGGAAAUGGAGAUGACCUACAUACGCUGCCACCAGAUGCUCGCCGAGAUACUCAAUUCGCUGGUCUACAAGCAGGAUCAUGGAUUUCUUACCGCCUUGGAGGUGGCCAUCAACACCAGUGUGCCGCAUUGAAUGGAUUUAAAUUGUUACCCAUUAAAUUAUUUAUUAAACUUAAAAGCUUGUUACCUCACUGGAAACUCUGUUUUAUAAAUACAAUUCUUCAAGUUGUAAACUUCAAAAUUGUACUAAACUUUUAAAACUGCUAACUUUCUGAGGUUAAUUUUAUAAAUUAUUAAAUCUCAUUCCUUACCUAACAUUUCAUUAGUGUUUUUAAAAUAAAAUAUAAUAUAUGUAUAAAUAUU